CUCAAGUUCACCGACGCCGUAGACAGGAGUUUCACGUUGCCAUGGCACUUGGUCAAGACCUGGAAGGGCAUGGAAACUCUGAUCAGACAAGCUUUCGUCAAUAUUGAGCGCAUUGGACCGCAUGUCGCUAACGGCCAUUAUCACUUGCUAGGUCCGAACAACGAGAUCAUCCUACCUCAAGUUUGGGAUAUCGUCGUGCAACCU